AUGGGGGCACUCUCGUGGAUGACCUCCAUCUUCAACAGAAGCCAUGAUCAAGCUGAAGAAGAAGAAGCCGAUUACUCUCGCCCCUCUGCUUCACUGGUACCCCUGCCCGUUCACAUGACCGUCGAAUCCAUCAAGGAGCAGUUGCCUUUAAUGGAUAAAAAAUUGCUCCCUCGAGAGGCUCGCGCCAUCUGUUUGAGAAUAUGCCUGAACGGAAGUGAAGAGGUUACCCAGCUUCCCAAUUGUCAUCAUAUGUUCCAUAGAGAGUGUAUUGGUGGCUGGAUCGAUCAAGGCCGAGUGAGUUGCCCUCUGUGCAGGUCCAAGCUAUUGCGGGCCGAGCAGAUUAAUGGGAAGCUGAAGCUCGGAGGAGCAGAUCCAUGGCGGAGGGAGAGAAUGAUUUACUUGUUCGGCCAGGAUACUGUUUUCAGCAAUAUUGUCUCUUUAACUUAG